AUGACUCUUAUUCAAGUUUUAGGGACAACCGUGGUGUUGUCACUGCUACUGGCAGUUGCUGAAGCCGUACGCCGAGUCUACUUUCAUCCUUUGGCACAUAUACCAGGACCAAGACUUGCCGCAAUCACGUGGUGGUAUGAAUUCUAUUUCGAUGUUAUUCAGCCAAGCAUAUUUGUGUUCAAGAUCCAGGAGCUUCAUAAGCAAUAUGGUCCAAUUAUUCGGAUCACUCCGGAUGAGAUUCAUAUCAAUGAUGUUGGCUUUCUAGAAACAAUCUACGCACCUUCAAUGUCCCAUAGAGAUAAGUACGAUUACAUAUUAAGGACCCUACAAAUUCCAGGCGCUAUAGGCGCAACAGUACGGCACGAUGUCCAUAGAAAACGUCGCGAAGCACUUGGCCCCUUUUUUAGCAGACGGAAUGUGCUUCACCUGGAACCUCUGAUCACUGGAAAGCUUGAGCAAUUAUGUCAGUUGAUCACGAAACAUGCAUCUGAAAAGACAACGAUCAAUUUAUCUGAUGCACUUUUUGCUUUCUCUAGCGAUGUUACCAACAACUUCUUAUUCGCUCAUCAAACCGAUGUCCUUGCCGACGAGACUCUUGCAGCUACACUUCGCCAGAAUGGCAAUGAUCUUCUACUAGGUAUUAACAUCAACAAGCACUUUCCAUGGUUCCCUACUUUCCUCGACUCUCUUCCACUAUUUAUUAGCAAACCGAUAAUGCCACCUGGAUUGAUUGACAUGUUAGCACUAUUCGAUAGAGUUCGUGCUGAGCUGAUGGGCAUCGUGGCAGCCAAAUCUUCAGGCGUUUCAAGUGAGAAACGGCUGGGACCAACAGGCAAAGAGUCCGUAUAUCACUCGGUGAUUGACAGCAACGUCUUACCACCAGAGGAAAAGUCUCUACUGCGUCUUGAGCAAGAAGGUGCACUAUUGGUCCUCGCUGGAACAGAAUCACCUGCGAAAAGUCUUAAUAUCAUAUUCUACCACAUCCUCGCCAAUUCCUCGAUACUCAGUAAACUCCGGGCUGAACUCAGCACAGUCCCCAAAACCGCGUCGUGGACAGAGCUAGAGAAACUCCCUUAUUUGUCUGCGGUUCUUGAGGAAGGGAACCGACUCUCCUUUGGCGUCACGGCUAGAACAGCCCGCAUCGCAGAUGAAACUCUCACAUAUACCCCAUCCCCAUACGCCACUUCUCCGGGCAAACCCUACGUCAUCCCCCCAGGGACACCCAUGAGUACAACAACUUUCAGCGCUCAUACAGCGGAAGCCGUCUUUCCUGAACCCUUUACCUUCGACCCAGAGCGCUGGCUCGGCGAUGCGGGCAACGAACGCCGGAAGUUCCAGAUGGCGUUUGGUAAAGGAGGACGAAAGUGUUUAGGUAUCGAACUCGCGCGUGCAGAACUCUAUCUCGUCACAGCAGCACUAGUCAGGGGGUUUAAUAUGGAGCUUUGGGAAACGGAUGAGAGUGAUGUUGCUUUCGUUCAUGAUUACCAGGUUGCAAUGCCGAAGUUUGAAUCAAAGGGGGUGAGAGUCACGGCCAGGAUACUUUGA